AGGAGCAACACUUUCUUAAUGAGGAAAAGCUUCCUGCUGACCAGCAGCUCUGGAACCUUGAGAGGAACCCCAGUCUGGACCAAGAGGAGCCAGAACCUCCACAGAUUAAAGAGGAGGAGGAGCACUGCAUCGGUCUGGAAGUAGAGCAGCUUGUACUGAAGCAGGAGGAUCAAGAUAACCUUUUAUUGAAUCCCACUCUCAAGGACAGUGACCACAGUGAACCAGAACCAAGUGACCACCAGCUCCUCUCCCACAGCUCAGCUCAGAGCCAAGAUCUCAGCGGAGGCCAGCAUGGAAACUCAAAAUCAGUUAGUAAUGCAGAGCCGGCAUCAGAAAAGGGACAUCAUGUCAUCACAAGAGCAAAAGGGAGCACAAGUCCCAGUAACCUUGCAUGUAGCCCUACCAUGUCAAAGAUUGUGCCGAAUAUCUGCAAGAGUAAAAAGGUUCUCCAGUGUGACACUUGUGGAAAAGUCUUUAAGUGGAAGUCAGACUUAAAUAGACAUCUGAAGGUGCACACAGAUGAGAGGCCACAUCUUUGCAAAACCUGUGGAAAGAGAUUUUGUUACAAGUCAUCACUAGGAAAACAUUUGAUUGUCCACACAGGGGAGAAACUGUAUUCUUGCGAAAGGUGUGGGAGAAGUUUUAGCUUGAGAACUAGCCUGCAGGGACACGAGAGAACGCACACGGGCGAGAAACCUUUUUCUUGCAAAACUUGUAGGGCAAGAUUUAACAGUAGAAGUAACCUGCAGGUCCACCAGAGAACACACACGGGUGAGAGACCUUUUUCUUGCAAAACUUGUGGGAAAAGUUUUAGUGCGAGACAAACCCUGCAGGAUCACGAGAGAACGCACACGGGGGAGAAACCUUUUUCAUGCAAAAGUUGUGGGAAAAGUUUUAGUGCGAGAAAAACCCUGCAGGGACACGAGAGAACACACACGGGCGAGAAACCUUUUUCUUGCAAAACUUGUAGGGCAAGAUUUAACAGUAGAAGUAACCUGCAGGUCCACCAGAGAACACACACGGGUGAGAGACCUUUUUCUUGCAAAACUUGUGGGAAAAGUUUUAGUGCGAGAAAAACCCUGCAGGAUCACGAGAGAACGCACACGGGGGAGAAGCCUUUUUCUUGCAAAACUUGUGGGAGAAGUUUUAGUGCGAGACAAACCCUGCAGGUCCACAAGAGAACACACUCGAGUGAGAGACCUUUUUCUUGCAAAACUUGUGGGGCAAGAUUUAACAGUAGAAGUAACCUGCAGGUCCACCAGAGAACACACACGGGUGAGAGACCUUUUUCUUGCAAAACUUGUGGGGCAAGAUUUAACAGUAGAAGUAACCUGCAGGUCCACCAGAGAACACACACGGGCGAGAAGCCUUUUUCUUGCAAAACUUGUGGGAAAAGUUUUUGUGCGAGUCAAACCCUGCAGGAUCACGAGAGAACGCACACGGGCGAGAAACCUUUUUCUUGCAAAAGUUGUGGGAAAGGUUUUACACGUGGAUGUAGCUUGAAAGUUCACAUGAGAAGCCAUAAAGGUGAGGAGUCGUAUCCAUGUACAACUUGUGGGGAAAGAUUUGUUAUCAAAUCCCUUCUAACCAAACAUUUGAUGACCCACACAUAGCAAAACUGAUAUUUUUGUAAAAUAUUGUAAAGAUCUCUCACUUGCCAGUUUAUCCAAAGUCCACAGGAGAAUACAUCCAGUUGAGAAGCCACACCAUGGCAACAGGAGAGGGAUAAUAUUUGCUCAAGCAUUGUCGAAGAAGUUGUACAACACUGAAAAUGUUCCAGGAGACCAAACAAGAGAUGAACCUUGUUGUAGUUCAAUGCUUUAUGAAGUUCCAUCACCACUGAUGAGGAGCAGACUUCAAUAACUUCACAAAGCAAUGAACUACAGCCAGGUUCAUCACUUACAUCUACACAAGAGAGAUUGUGUACAUUUGCAUUAGCUGCAUCUCUGUAACUGAAUGUGGAAAAUAUCCCAUUGAGGAGACAUCACAAUAUCUUUGAUGCAGUACAUGGUCAACAACAUUUGCUGAAGUACCAACGUUUCUGUUUUUGAUGUGACUGUCAUUGAUAUUUACAUCUGCAAAGGAAGUGACGUUUUCAACCAUGUCUCUUUGUUUAUUAAUUUAUCAGCCAUUUAUACCAGAUGGUGCAGAAAAUGGUGCCUUUUCUUUUUCCUAUUACAAAAGAAGAAAAUAUGUUGUUAAUGUGUACACUGUCCUAAAUGACUCACUGUAAAUGGUUAUUCUUUUGUACUACGUGUAUUCAAUACUUCUGUGCAUUUGCAGUUUAUUAAAGUUUCUUGAAUUAUAGUGAUUGUAUUUUACGUCUGUCACACGUUGAAUCGGUGUUUGUCUUUGUGGAAGAAAAUUCCCCUGACUAUGUGUCUCCCUGCUAUGACCGUGAUAAACAGGAUGGAACCCUUAUUUGGUGAUGUUUUUCUUCCAACUGGUACCGCGGACGGACGGACACAGCAGAUAACACACAGAGGAUGAUCUCCUGUCUUUCAUGUCUUUUUCUUUUUUAUAUCCUGUCUCAUGAAAUGCCUCUUUGUAUAAGUUCAGGCUUUUGAGAACUUGCAGCCAGUUGUUCCAUUUUGAGCACCCGUGCUUGUUGUAUAAA